UUCCCUCUCCCUGAAACAGAGCAAAAGCAUGGCUUCUCCUUCACUCUCAUCAUCAUUUUUCUUCUUCAUCCUCUUCUCAUUACUUUCAGCUCUAUCACAUGCGGGAUCUUUCGGAAUCAACUAUGGAAGAGUAGCCGAUGACCUACCUCCACCGUCCAAGGUGGUGGAGCUUCUCAAGUCUCAAGGUCUCACUCGUGUAAAGCUCUAUGACACUGACGCCGACGUCCUCACCGCCCUUGCAAACUCCGGCAUCUCCGUCGUCGUUGCUCUCCCCAACGAGCUCCUCUCCACCGCCGCUGCAGAUCAAUCAUUCACCGAUGCUUGGGUCCAAGCCAACAUCACCAACUACUACCCCGCCACCCAAAUCGAAGCCAUCGCCGUCGGGAACGAGGUCUUCGUGGACCCAAAGAACACCACAAAAUUCCUCGUACCUGCCAUGAAGAACGUUUACGCUUCACUGGUUAAACAGAACAUAAGCUCCGACAUUAAAAUUUCUUCCCCCAUCGCUCUCUCCGCCCUGCAAUCAUCGUACCCGAGUUCAGCCGGAUCCUUCAAGUCCGAAUUAAUCGAACCCGUGAUCAAGCCCAUGUUGGAUUUCCUUCGCGGAACGGCGUCGUAUCUGAUGGUGAACGCGUAUCCAUUCUUCGCUUAUUCGGCCAAUGCUGAUGAGAUCUCUCUAGACUACGCGUUGUUCAAGGAGAACCCGGGUGUGGUCGAUUCGGGUAAUGGGUUGACAUAUCACAGCCUGUUCGACGCCGAGAUCGACGCCGUUUUUGCAGCCAUGUCGGCUCUGCAAUACGACGACGUAAAGAUGGUGGUUACGGAGACGGGUUGGCCCUCCAAGGGAGAUGUGGACGAGGUUGGUGCCAGCGAGGAAAAUGCGGCGUCGUAUAAUGGCAACCUUGUAAAACGUGUCUUAACGGGAAGUGGGACCCCCUUGAGGCCAAACGAUCCACUCAAUGUUUUUCUCUUUGCUUUGUUCAACGAGAACGAGAAACCGGGUCCCAAAUCGGAAAGAAACUAUGGGUUGUUUUAUCCCAACGAACAGAAGGUGUACAACAUUCCGUUGACGCUCCGGGAGCUUAAGGACGGCAAUGAGACGGCGCCUUCGUUGAAUGUCGAGAAGAGUCAAGUUCCGGUGACCGGAGGAGGAAGGGUAGAAACGAUGUCGUUUCAUGGCCAGACUUGGUGUGUGGCUAACGGGCACGCUGGGGAGGAGAAGCUGAAAGCCGCACUUGAUUAUGCCUGUGGAGAGGGAGGCGCUGAUUGUCGUCCGAUUCAAGAAGGUUCCACGUGUUACGAUCCCAACACGUUAGAGGCACAUGCUUCGUAUGCUUUCAACAGUUAUUAUCAACUGAAGUCACGUGGCCCUGGCACGUGCAAUUUCGGUGGUACCGCCCAUGUGACCACUCAGCCUCCCAGAUAUGGAAAUUGUGUAUUCCCCACAGGAUACUGAAGCAUGGUGGUGCGUUAGGUGAAGUUGGAAUUGGAUAGGUUGAGUUUUGGCUUUUAUUCACUUUUUUUUUAAAUAAUAAAAAAUUAUAUUGCAUUAGGUUUACUUGAUUAUCAAUUUGUUUGUAAUUAUGGUUAUUUUAUAUACAGUUAUUUUCCAUGUAUAUGAACAUCGAAUAGAUUUUGUUAUUUUCUUCUUGGAGGCAUCAAGUGUUAAUUUUAUUGGUUUUAU